GGAGGACUCAGCCUUGCACCGAAGCAGGCUCUGCGCAUCCGUCCCACCCCGCACACUUUGAAUGAUCUGGGAGAAGGCCCGAUCACUAAUCCCGGAAUCAUCUUGCAAAGCAUCUUUCUGCUUGGGGUAUGUAGUACCUGCACACAGUAGCACUUGAGGCCUUUGCAAGACGUGGUCUCCUCCUUGCCCGUAAUUCAGCCAGCCCUCGCUUCAAGAAAGAAAUUGCCAGCAGAGGAAGAUGAUGCUUCAGGUCUUGUCGGAGUCCGAGUUGGAGCAGAACAUAAAGCUGGGGGAACCAGUCUUUGCGGGGAAAGGCAUCCGGACUGGGAGCAACGGGGAAUCCUGGGAAGGGAGGGUGCAGAAGAUCCUGGGCGAGGAAACCUUCGGUCUGUACGUGCAGCGCCAGCGUUUGAGGGAGUUCUGCUACCAGGAGGCCGAGGGUCUCCGAGAGGUUUGCCGCCGACUCCACCGCCUUUGCCACCAGUGGCUGAAGCCGGAAAAGCACACGAAAGCUCAGAUGUUAGAUCUGGUGAUCUUGGAACAUCUGCUGACAGUCAUGCCCCCAGAGAUGGAGAGCUGGGUCAGAGAAUGUGGAGCGGAGACCAGUUCCCAGGCCGUGGCCCUGGCAGAAGGCUUCCUCCUGAGCCAGGCAGAGGACAAGGAGCAGGAAGAGGAGCAGGUGGAGAGGUGUCCCGAGGAGGCCGGCCGUUUCCCUGCGACAGAGAAGGGGCUGCUGGAUCCCACACAGAGCCUGAUCGUCAAACAUGACAGAGAUGCCACCCCAUCACCAGGUGGUGGAAUGUCCCAGGUGCUUCAUUCCAGGCCUUCUCCUCUUUGUGAUGGAGUGGAAACUGUCGCUGCACAGUUGCCGGAUCAGGAGAAAUGUUUCCUGUUCCUCUUCCAGGCUCCGGUGACCUUCGUGGAGGUGGCAGUGCGUUUUACAGAGGAGGAACGGGCGCUGCUGGAUCUGGGCCAGAGGGCUCUGCACAGAGAAGUCAUGGAGGAGAAUUAUCGGAAUGUGACCUCUCUGGAUGACUGGAAGAAGAACAAGAAAGAAGGUGAACAGCACAGAUGGGAAUGUGAAACAAAGCCAAACUGGACAAAUACAUCCAUUGGUUCUGAUGGGGCCGGCUCCCAUGAAGGUCCAGUGCUACAAGAAUGUCACGCAGGGAGCAAAAAGGAUACAAUCUCUUUCUGUGCAAACAUCUCAACUACUAACUCAAGCCUGAGCCCGCAUCAACGAGUCCACACCGUAGAGAAGUCCUGUAAAUGCUCAGAGUGUGGGAAGAGCUUCCGGUGGAAUUCGGAGCUUUGGUCCCAUCAAAGAAUCCACACCGGGGAAAAACCGUACCAGUGCCCAGAUUGUGGCAAAUGCUUCAGGGAGAAGAAAAACCUUCAAGGGCAUUCUAGAAUCCACACGGGGGAGAAACCGUAUAAAUGCGCUGAGUGCGGAAAGAGCUUUAGAUGUAGUUCAGCGCUUUGGUCACACGAAGGAGUCCAUAGCGGGGAAAAACCUUAUCAGUGCCCAGAGUGUGGAAAGAGCUUCAGGGAGAACAAAAAUUUUAGAAUGCAUUACAAAAUCCACACCGAGGACAAACCUUAUAAGUGUUCCAUUUGUGGAAAGUGCUUCAGGGAGAAGAAAAACCUUACAAUCCAUUACAGAAUCCACACCGGGGAUAAGCCUUUUAAAUGCUCUACCUGUGGAAAGAGCUUCAGUCACAGCACAAACCUGACCAGGCAUCACAGAGUCCACACAGGGGAGAAACCGUACACGUGCUCAGAGUGUGGAAAGUGUUUCAGUGACAACAGAAGCUUGACAAGACACCACAGAGUCCACAUGAGGGAAACGCCAUAUACGCGCUCUGAGUCUGGAAAGAGCUUUGAAUACAGUUCAGAACUUUAUUCACAUGAAAGCAUCCUCACAGCGGAUAAACCUUAUCAAUACAUGGAAGAAGUUCAGUCGUAGCACACACCUUACAAGCCAUCACCAAAUCUCCACGCAGGAGAAAUGACAUACAUGCUUAAUUUGUGGGAAGAACUUUAGGACAUGCUGAAACCUGUGGUCAAAUCAGCCAGUCCGCACAGUCAAAGAGUGCACUCAAGGGGGGGAGGAAUCAUAAAUUCAAAAUGUCAAAAGCUCUUGCGUAACAGCACAAUCCGUAAAAUAUGUCAUAGAAUCCACACAGAGGAGAAACCUUAGUAGUAGUAGUAGU